AUGUCCUCGAAAACCAAGCAAAAUUUGGCGGAUUCGAAAAAAAUGUCGGCUGAACUUUUUUGUCUGACAUACGGUGCAAUGGUGACGGAAAUGUUGAAAGGUUGGCAUUUUUGGGAAAAAAUAAGCAUGAAAUUACCAAAAGCACAUUUUUGGCUUUAAAAAACUUUCAAACAAUUCAAUUAAACAUUUUUUCCAUAAAAUAAUCAAUUUUUCGAAACUCCUCAAAAAUUCACAAAAGCUAAAAUAUAUUUGAAUGUUCACGAAGAUCAAGAUUUAGAAAUCACCCGGAAAAUUGUUUCAAAAUGUAUUUUUUUGGAACAGUAACAUUUUUCCUCAAAAGUUUCUGAACAAGGAGAUGAUAAUGAAACAUUUUAAAGUUAUUUAUUUUUAAAACAAAUUGAAACAGUCAUAUUUUUCACAUAAAAUUAUGAUCCUCCAAAUUCUCUCAUUUUUUCUUCAGAUUACGAAGAUCCAAAAGAUGUAACAAUUCAAUUGGAUAAAAUGGGUUUUAAUAUGGGAAGUCGAUUGGCCGAUGAUUUUUUGGCAAAAAAUGCGAAUGUUCCACGAUGUGUUGAUACUCGACAAAUUGCUGAUGUUUUGUGUCGAAAUGCAAUUCCAUGUUAUUUGGGAGUUAAUGCAACUGUUACGAAUUGGUCGAAUGGUGAUCGAGAUUUUAGUAUUAUUUUAGAAUCAAAUCCGUUGACGGAAUUAGUUCAGGUGAGGCAAGAUUUGGGAAAAUUUGAUAAGAAAUAUUCAAAAAUUGAGAUUUCUGAAAAGUUCCAUUUUUCCCACCAAAAAUGUUUUUAAAAAACAACCAGAAAAAUUUACGUUUCAAAAAAAUUACAUAGUCUUCAUAAUCAAAAUUAAUUUCAAUAGUUUACAAGAAGAGAUUUGAAAUUUAGAAUUUUAUUCAAAGAAUUUUGAAACAGUGAAAUUUUAUCAACUUUAAUUUGAAUUAUUUAAAAAUUUCCAUAUAUUUUCACUGUUUCAAAAUGUUCAUGUAUUUUCCAAGUUAUUGAACAAUUUUGUAAUGUUUUUCAAUUUCAAAAAAAUCAACAAAUAAUAAUUGGUUCAUCCAAAAAUGCUUGAUUUUCAUCUUCCAAAAUUCUCAAUUUUUCCAGGUUCCUCCACAUCUAAUCUCAGCCGGUCUUUCAUAUUCUCAAUUAAUAGCCGGUGCAAUUCGCGGAGCUCUCGAAGCAGUUCAUUUCAAAGUUUUCGCUUCGGCCGUUCCCGAAUCCUCAAAUUCCAACACUGAAAUUCGCAUUCGAUUCGAUCAAGUUUUGAAGGACAGUAUUCCGGCUGGAGAGGAUGAUUAA